UUGCAGAUUGCUUGCUUUUUUCAUUCGAAGUACAGGUCAAGCAGGUCAAGCACCUACAAGAAGAAUGGGAAGUCUGCCGCUAUUCAUUAUGGAACUGGAUCAGUUUCUGGUUUCUUGAGUGAAGACUAUGUGUCUGUUGGUUCCCUCGUUGUGAAAGAACAGGUUUUUAUAGAAGCAACUAGGGAGCCAAGUGUCACUUUCUUGGUUGCAAAAUUUGAUGGCAUCCUUGGUCUUGGAUUUCAAGAAAUAUCUAUUGGCAAUGUAGUACCUGUAUGGUAA